AUGAUGUAUUUCCUUCUCCAAAGUCAUCACAAACAUCCACUAGUAAGAGGAAAAAAAUUACCUGUACAAAGAACAAGUUCAAAAGACUAGCACCAUCUGCAAGUGCUUGCACAAAAUCUUCCGAUAUUUCUGAAAUGUUUGUAAGCCUAUCAGGAUCUACCAAGGGAAGUAAUUCUAAAUAGUAGUUACUGUUUUUAUUUAAUUUAUUUUUGAUAUAGUUUAUUAAAACUACAUUACUUUUACUCUACAUUUCAUUUCUUGCCUGCUUUAGCUCCCCUUUCAGCUUUACGUUCUGCAGCUUUUUUCACUUGUUGUUUGGUGCUCAAAUUAUGCCUUUUUGA